CAGACUCCGCAGGGUGAUGAGGACGGCCAGGAGGGCCAGCAACGUGGAGGUGCCCUCCUUCCUCCGAAACCUGGUCAAAGAGACGGAGAAGAUGGUCACAUUCUUCUUCAAGGGAGGCUCCAAGGAGGCAGGAUCUGUAGAGGAGGACAUUUUUGAUGAGGACGACAUGAUGCCCAGCCCGUACCUGGACCGUCCCAUCCUGGAGAAGUACAUUUCAGAGGGAGGAUCUCCACUGGGAGUGAACUACGCCACAGCCAGCAUGCAGGGCUGGAGGGCUCAGAUGGAGGAUGCCCACACCUGCAUGCCUCAGCUGAGGGGAGAGCUGGCAGAGUGGGGGUACUUUGCUGUUUUUGACGGACAUGCUGGGACUACAGUUGCACAGUACUGCUCCAGAAAUCUGCUGGAACACAUCCUAGCCACAGGUGGAAUUAGGGCGAGUGAAGAGCCCGAGCAGGUGAAGGAGGGCAUCCACACGGGCUUCCUGGACAUCGACCGCCACAUGCACAAACUGGCUCGACAGGAGAACUGGGACAGGAGUGGCUCCACGGCAGCGGCCGUCAUGAUUUCCCCACGGUACAUUUACUUCAUCAACUGCGGAGACUCACGCACCCUACUGUGUCGCGACGGACAGGUGGUCUUCUACACGGAGGACCACAAGCCCAUCAACCCGAGAGAAAAGGAGCGCAUACAGAACGCCGGCGGCUCUGUGACCCUGCAGAGGGUCAACGGCUCGCUGGCCGUUUCCAGGGCGCUGGGGGACUUUGAUUUCAAGGAGGUGGACUGGAGGCCGCAGACGGAGCAGCUGGUGUCUCCAGAGCCGGAGGUGUAUGAGAUGGAGAGGACGCCUCAAGACGAGUUCCUCAUCCUGGCCUGUGAUGGAGUGUGGGACGCGGUUAGCAACGAGGAGCUGUGCGCAUUUGUGCGCAACCGUCUGGAGGUGUGUGAUGACCUGAGGGAGAUCUGCUGUCAGGUCAUCGACCUCUGCCUCUACAAGGGUAGCUUGGACAACAUCAGCAUCAUUAUUAUCUGUUUCCCUGGCGCCCCCCAGCUGUCACAAGAGGCCCUGCAGCAGGAGGCAGCACUGGAGAGGCAGAUUGAUAUUAAAGUGGAAGAAAUUAUCCAGAUGAUGAGAUACAAAGACGAGGAGCCGGACCUUCUGUAUGUCAUCAAAUGUCUUGCUGCAGAAGGCAUGCCCGGACUUCCACCAGGAGGGGGCAUCACAAGCAAACGAGACUGUAUCAUAGCGUCAUACCAGAAACACGUCCUGACUCCUAGACCUCAGGAGCCUAUGGUCAUUGAAGAAUUGAUGACCGACUUUACCUGAAGCCAUUUCAUCAUCAAGAUCUGCUACAUUUGUUCUAUAGCAUUUACUUGGACUUUUCGGUUUGUGGUCAUUUAAAUUAAAUCAAACCCUUAAAAAAACUGAUCUGAUUUAUUUAGUGUACAAAUGUCACAUCAAUAAAAGAUAAGAUAAAAAUAAUACUUAGACAGAUGGAUAGAUUAUUAAUUAUUACUAAUUAUUAAUCUAUAAAUUCUGUAAGACAGAAUGUUCAGAAAAUGUUGCAGUUAAACACAUGUUACUGUGCAAGAUUAUUCCACCCACUGCAAUGAAAUCGAGUUGAAGAGUUUUCUUGACACGUGGACUACGUGCGUAUCCAUGUCUUUUCGUGGAACACAGUAUCUCACAGUGUGAGUAAAUACUUUACACAGUACUGCCAAGGAGCAGAGGUGAAAUGGACUAUAAUCACAUGUUCAAAGUAUAAUUAUAGAACACGGAAGGGGGAAGGAGGCGUGGCACAGAGACACACAAUAGUAAAAAUGAAGCAGGACUGGGAGGAGAUGAUAGAGGGGCAGGGGCAUUGCAGGGGGUGAAAGGAAUUUCUUCCAUGAAUUAGCACACACGCCUCAAACACACUGCUCUUUAUGUCACUGUAGAGCAGGGGUGUCAAACUCAUUUUCACCGGGGGCCACAUCAGCAGUACAGUUCCUCUUAGGUCACCUAUUAUUUAUUCAUUAUACAAAUAUUGGUCAUUGCUGUGUAAUAAUAAUAAAAAAUUCUUAGGUCAAGCAACUCUGCUGCAUGGACUUUACUGAAUAUUUUCUAAGUUCCUGCGGACCACACAAAAUGGCUUGGCGGGCCGCAUUUGGCCCCCAGGCCUUGAGUUUGACACGUAUGCUGUAGAGGGAACGUGUGAUGUGCUGCAUCAGCAUGUGAUUUAAAUCUCAACAAACAGCAAAAGGAAAAGUGGUUAGUUCGUUUGCCUUACAGCAGGAAGAUCAGUGAU